AUGCGGGGCGGCACGCCGGCUGGACGGGCGGACGCUCCGAUGCCGCGGAGGCCCCGGCCACUGCCAUUUCUGCAUCCCGCCUCUGCCACGAGUACGACGAGGAGGAGGGAGAUAUCACCCAAGCAACGAAGCCAGAUGCAACCGGGCUCUCCAAUAGAUGGUAAAGCGUCGCACCCGAAGGCAAUAGUAUUCCAGCGAAUACACGCACCCAUGGUGGAAAAAACAACAUUGCCGGAAGAAAAUUUGCGCGCGCUACGUCAGACACGUAAUUUAUUUCUUUGUUGUCGUGGUCUUUUAUCAUUUAGUCAAAUACGCUACUUGGAGCACAUGACUCAACUGUCGUCUCUUAACGUUCAUAUGAACGCCAUUUCACGUAUUGAGUGUCUGGGGCAUUUGCAUCACCUUGCGGAGCUUGACGUGAGUGCCAACGAAUUGCGUGCCGUGGAUGAGGAUGCGUUUAAAGGACUUUACCAUCUGAAGCGUCUCAACUUGUCAAGUAAUUUCUUGACGGUUGUCAAUGGUUUUCAGCACCUUCCCGCAUUAGAGUGGCUUUCACUCAGCUUCAAUGAGCUUGAAGAUGUGAGGGGGCUCCGUCGGCUACCAUGCCCACAGCAACUAGUUCACCUUGACGUUUGCGGAAACAAACUAUCGUCCUUGGCGGAAUUGGAGAAUGCUCUCGAGAAUUGUCGGGAUCUUCAGGACCUUCGCGUGGAAAUACCAAAGACGGCGUUGGUUUUGCCGACGGCACCCCCUCAACUGCAUCUGCGUGAAAACCCUUUUUGUGUCACGGAACUUACCUACGCGGAGCGACUCCUUCAGCGAUUUCAACGACUUGUCGUGUUGAAUGGUGUGUCGUGCGGCUACGAUCCCACAGCAGAAACACGACUAAGGGGGCAAAGUACGGCAAAUAUAGGGGACUCUCAUGGAGAGCCAUGCUGGCAUCCACUUGAUGUCACUUCUCCCGCGCUUGUUAGCUCACACAUCACUUCGCCGCAGCAGCGUCCCGAAGCCACCCCCUGUGAUGCUGUUGUAACUGAUAUUUCUUUGGGGAAUGCGUCUUGCAGGGUUGAAAACGUGACAUCUGGUUCGACCUCCACGACGGGCGCGAGCAGCAGCGAGAGGUCCGGUAACAGCAAUAUAAAAAAAAACAUAUCAGAGAGUCAUUCUUCCCAUUCUCCUUCCCUGGUAUGGCGCGCAAAGCGUGUAUCACGCUCCGUGAUUACAAAAGUAUCUAUUCCUCUUCACAAGGAGCUUCACGUGUCAAGUGUUGAGGACGGAGUUUUUCAAGAGGAACUUCAGGCCAAGGAUGAACUCAUUGAGCAUCUUGAGUUGAAAUUUAAGCGUUCCCAAGAACAACUAUCGCUUCGUGUGGCCCUGGAAGAAGAUCUUCGCCGUAACUUUGAAGAUGUGCGGCGGUCUCACGUUGCCCUUGUAGAUUCAACCACCUGCGAAAAGAAACGCCUCUGCCGUCAGGUGGCAGCUCUAAAGGACGAGCUUUCACGGCGCUCUGAGGAGGCCGUGAUUCUUCAGCGGAAAAAUCGGGUUGAACUGGAAGAGCAAACGAAGACUUUGCGCGAAUGUUUGCUUCGGCAGAAGAAGGAUUCUGCUGCGGCGAUGAAUCGACUGGAGGAGGAGCUUGCACGGACACGUGGGGGGGCGAAUAACGAAAUCAGGGAACUGAAGACGCGUCUUGAGGAAGCUGCUCAGCGGAAUGAAUGGCUGGAGCAGCAGAAUGAAAAGACACAAAUUCAGAUGAAGAAAUGGCGGAAUGAGUCAAAUAACAACAAGAUGGCACUAGUGGCUUGCGAAACGCAAUUGCAUUUUAUUGACAGUCGGGGUUGUCUGCAGUUAGAAGAAUCUUUGGUACGACGUCAGUUGGAGUGCGCCGCAUGGAGCGGUCUUGUAACUGCCACAGCCACUCAACUGCAUCUUUUACGGUCUGAGAAUGAGUUUCUUGUGCUCUGCAGAGAGAAUCAUCAGAAGGCGUGGGAGGAAUACGCCACCUCGUUACAGCAGCAUUACCGGGAGGCCUUACUGCAGUCACAGGCGAGAAGAAAAUUACCGUCAACGAGAGUCGAUGUCGGCUGUGAUCCCAUCGGUGACUACGUUCAGCAGCAGGCUGUGGAUGAGGAAGAGAUGCGGCGCGUGCAGACCGCUCUGUCUCUCUCUCGUCAGUCGGAGCAUUUAUUGUUUGUUGAAAAUGAGCGUCUCUUGAAGUGUGUGGCGGACAAGGAACGCGAACUGGCGGAAGCGUCGCAACAGCUUCAGCAGUCUGAAGCAAUGGCAGGAAAGGUGAGGGAUGAGCUGGAGCGUGAGCGUGACAACCUUAUUCGCACCCUCCAUAACCUGCGCGAGUCGAUUCAAAAGAAGGAUGCAGAGUUUGAUGAGAUGGAAACGGAGGCAAAACUGAAGAUUGACGAGAAGCGUUCCACCAUCGCUAGGCUGGAGUCACUCCUGGAAGAUGCGGAGGAAGAGGCAGCCAACCAUCGCCGUGAGGCCGCAAAGCUUCGCGACGUGCAAGAUGAGCUAAAGCGUGUUAGUGCAGAGCUUUACGCGGUGAAGCAGGAACGCAUGGAGUCCGCGGCGGCAGCGGAACGCGCCCCGCAUCCUCAGCUGACGGAAAUUGUAGCGGCGCUGGAGGAAACAAAGGAAAAACUUGCUUCUUCUGUGAUGCGGGAGCAUCAACAAUCUUUGAAGCUGACGCGGGCUGCGGAAGCCCUGACACUUCUUCGUGGACAACUUGUGCGGGUGGAUGAGGAUAAUUCUCAUCUCCGAAAGGUGCUUGAUGAGAAGAUGGCAUUGCUAAGUGCAGCAGAGGCAGAGAAGGAACGGUUGCAGGCGCAUUGGCGGGAAUCGCAGGAAGCCGUGCGAGUUCGACAACGUGCAACACUGCAGGCAAUUUCUCAGAUUAUGGUGGGGGAUGGUGACGGUGGCGUCUGA